AACAGCACCAGUUUGAACUUACAAUGCUAAAGUCCUGGCAACAUAUAGGCAGGGGAAAUGUCUCUUCCACGACAAGAAGUAAACAUAACAACAUAUGAAAAUUCCAUCCCAAUCAGUGACUCAAGUAUAAAAUCAUGGAAUCAAGAACACUUUGAUUUGACAUUUCCCAAACCACCGCAGCCAGGUAUAAAAAAUAAAUCAAAAUCUUCAGAAUCAUCAGUCACAGUUCCUCCUGAAGCACAAUGGAUUCAUAAGCUGCUUUAAAGAACAACUGAGCUCUUGGUUUCACAGAAUGGCCUUACCACAGUAAGCAAUAUCUACUCUCAAAUGAGCGUUUCUACUUCUGUGGAACUGUAAAAAAUAAAAACAAGUCUUCAAUGAGUA